UAAUUAAAUUCAACGUCCUCGAGUAAAGUUCCUUACCCUCUAAACAAGCGACUUGCAUCUCGUUUACUCAAAUAUUCUCUCUUCAUCUCCUUAACUUCCUUCUUCGUAAUUGUCCUUAAAUCUUGAAGAUCGUUAAGAUUAUCAUUAGUAUUCACUGCAAUUUCUUGAAUUGUGAAUUACCCAUUAAAGUUUUUCAACCUUGCAUCUGAUUUUUUUGCUCAAAAAUCAAAUCUUUAGGUCAAGAAAAGAAAUGGGUGUUGGAAUAUCAGUGCUAAUAGGCCUAAAGGCAGCAACUUUAUUCUUAUUAUUUGCAACAUUCAAGAAUUAUGGCUACACAUUAUUGUCAAUACCAUGUUUAUAUGCAUCAUUAGUAUCAUUCUUAGUAGCAUUAGCUGCUAAUCCAUCAAUUAAUCUUCCAAUUCUAUUAGGAAAAAACUCAGAUGGGUCUUUUCCUAUAUGGUCAUUAAUUAUGUUUAGUCCAUAUUUGUAUUUUGUUAGAGGGUUUUCAGCAUUAAGAAGGUUGAAAAGUGGUGAACCUCCAUAUAGUGAGAUUUUUGAAGGGUUAUAUGUUGGAGGUUGGCCUUCUGAAAUUAAGAAAUUGCCACCUGGAAAUCCUGCUAUUAUUGAUUGUACUUGUGAGUUGCCUAGGAUGUUGGAGUUUACAGGGAAUCAUGCAUAUUUGUGUAUUCCAACAUGGGAUACAAGGUCACCUCAGCCAAGUGAUAUUGAAGUUGCUGUUAAGUGGGCUUGUAGAAAAAGAGCUCAGAAUAUACCUGUUUUCAUCCAUUGUGCAUAUGGUCAUGGAAGGAGUGUUGCAGUCAUGUGUGCACUGUUAGUAGCCCUGGGUCUAGCAGAAGAUUGGAAAAAUGCUGAGAAGUUGAUCAAAGAAAAGCGGCCAUAUAUACGAAUGAAUGCUCUGCAUCGUAAAGCCUUAGAGGAAUGGUCUAAGGAUCGACUUUCUUCUCCUAAAAGAAAUGAAGUUGGAGUCAGUUCUGUAAUUCUGUCGAGUGCUAAUGACCGUUCCUGAUCAACUGACUGCGUUGGCAUGGACAAUUGACUGUCUCUUUGUGGCAGUAUAUCAACAAUAGAUAUUGAUUGUGUGUCCAAACUUUGUUUGCAGAUAGGACUUACUGUUUGAGUUUUUAUGAUUUUCUUUUUAUUCAGUAGAAACUUUCUUCCCUGAUAUACUCUUCGAAUGUCUGAUGUCAAGAAUUGCAUGCACUAGAUGCAUGGCAGUUCGAUACACUAAGUUCUAGCUAUUUGUGGGGUCUCGGAAAUAAUUGGACUAUAUUGUGACUAUUGUAUAUAGUCUUAUCUUGCAUUUAUACAAGAGCUUAUUUCCAGCGA